CGACUGCUCAAUUUUAUCCGCCUGCUGCUGGAGCUAUUCGCCAUGAUACUUAAUAACAUACUAGACGACUUGCAAGAUGUCAUCCCGCCUUCUCAGUACUGUAGUACUUGGCCGCAAUUGCUUCACCGAUGAUCGUCCUUGUGAGGUCUUUGCUCAUUUUUGCAUCUCGGUUGCAGGCUGGAAUGGAGCAAUCUGGUUCCGGACAGCUCUAGAGGUCAGCAGACGUGUCUUAUGGUUUAUCAGCGACAGGUGUCGUGGCACCUAUCAGAACGAAGAAUGGAGCUGUGGUCAAUGUGGACGUGAAGCCUUACCGCGAAGACAGGCCCGUGAAGAACGCUUCUUGCUCAUUGGUUGUUAAUCUCAGCUAUGCAUCUCGCUGCCGCAAGGCUCUGAUCACUGUGAGGAAGCAACUGCAAUGCAUUGAGGAGUCACAUAUAGCGUGCUAGCCUGCCUAUAGUGCCGCGAGAUACUAUCCACCGAUGAUCGCAGAUGUCAUCCUCAAACAUUUCCUUUUCUCAAUCGCGCUCAAGGCGGCCUCAAGACGGUUCUUUUUCCGCUCAUGCACGAGUGCUGAUGUGCUUCGAGUUUACUGUUAUAUUAGCAUUCCCCUCGGCCUUGAUGUUCUCCGCUCAUGCGCUAUCGCCGUGCAUCUGAAGAUGCGCCUCAACGACACGAACUUAACAAUAGCGCAAGAAGCAUGGAUGCUUUCGGACGUCCCACACGA